AGCCUACGUUAAGAGUGGCGUGGGCGCCAUAUUGGGAGAAGGAUGGCCACCAUGCCGUUUGUCAGUGAGGGGAAGUGCGUGAGUGUGGAAUGGGAUUUCCUGCAAGGACUACUGGCCAAGCCUCCUACCCUGCCCUGUCUCCAAAACCUGCGCAAGGAAAAGUCACGCAAUGCUGCCCGGUCGAGGCGGGGGAAGGAGAACUUUGAGUUCUUCGAGCUGGCCAAGAUGCUGCCCCUGCCCGGCGCCAUCACCAGUCAGCUGGACAAGGCCUCGGUCAUUCGGCUGACCAUCAGCUACCUGCACAUGCGCACCUUCGCCAGUCAGGGUGACCCGCCCUGGAUCCCCCUGUUGGAGGGCGACAGCAACUGCAGUAAAGUUGAGUGA